AUGUCGUCGUCUUCGGCCUGUAUAUAUGAGUGGAAUUGGUACAGUAAACCAAUUAUUAACUACAAGCGUAAACAAAAAUGCAUACUAGAAAAAUGUGGAGUAAAUCAUCCGCUGAAAAGUUUAACUGAAGUAACCAGUAAAAAUGUUCUUGUUAAUGAUCCCUUAUCAUCCACUAUUACUUAUGGGGAUGAUCCACUCAGUCGACCUGCCCAGUUAAUUCCCACUGAUUUUGAUGAGAUAGAUAAUGGUUGUAUUGAUGACAUUCAACCUUGGUCUCAUUUUAAACAGAGUAUAUUAAACAGUUAUACAACUUCUGAAAAGCUCUCAUUUCAUUCAUUUUCAAAAAGUCUGCAGAGUGCUACAAUAAGAUCACGUCUAGAAGAACUGGAAGAAUUUGAUGACCAGAUGGAGUAUUCAGAAAAGGAACUUUACGAUCUAACACAACAAGAAUUUGUGACACACAUGGACAACCUAGGUAAAGAAAUUAUAGAGGCAUGGAAUAAUGAACAAAGAGUGAAAGCGUUAAAAAUAGUCAUACAGUGUACAAAAAUUUUGAGCUACACUUCACCAUUGCAAUUUUAUCCAAGUAAAUUUGUUCUAGUAACAGACCUGUUAGACUUAUUUGGAGAUCUAGUAUUCAAGAGGCUUCAAUCAAAAUCAGAAAUGAUUGAUGGUUGUGUAACGAGGCUUCCGGAUAAAUUCACCCCUGACAUGGUGCCGGAUGCUGCCAAAGAAACUUGUCAAAAUUGGUUUUAUAAAAUUGCAUCCAUCCGUGAGCUUAUACCUAGACUGUAUAUCGAAGCAGCUAUUUUACGCAGUUAUCGUUUCAUUAAACCAGCUGAACAAAAUGCUGCUCUAUUAAGACUUAUAAAAAUGGUUAGAGGUAUUGGUAAUCCAUUAGUCGCAUGGUAUGCCCGAUGUUAUCUGUGCAGAAUUGGUGUUUCGACAAAUCUAAGUGUAAAUUAUUUUGAAGAAAGCUUCAAAGAUAUUUUACUGACAUAUAAGCAGUUAAAUAACAGAUUUGUGUGCAAAGAGAUACAAACUCAAAAUAUGAACAUGGAAAAAUUUCUUCAACUUUUGUGUCCGGCAUUAGAGUGGAUAGUAAAGGGAUUGAGUGCUGGUAAAGAUCCACAUAGUCUCGAUGAGAUUGUUAGAUGGUGUACUUUACAAAAUCUCCAUGGCCUUCUAAUCAACACUAUAGUAAUCUCAUUUCCCGGGAAUUACCUUUCAAUGAAAGCAGAAUAUCUUAUCAAUGUUAUAGGAAAAUGGGAAUAUGAUGUGUUUCCGCAAACUUUAGUCAUACAAAACCUUGGCAUGAGUUUAAGGGGUCAUUUGGUACCAAAUGCACCAAAUGUUUUUAGAGAAGCAUGGAAAAUGGUGAAUAAAGUUAAAGACUCCGAAAGGUUUAUGACAUGUGCCGAAGCAUGGAUAUACUUCAUUGUAAAACAUUUUAAGAAUAAAGAAAUAAGCGUCUUCAUGGAUGAUAUAACGAGACACCUUAGCAAUCGCGUCGGAAUAGAACGAUUCCACACACAGCUUCACAACAUCUUGCAACACCUACUGAAUUACAUAGAAGAUUUUGAGGAUACAUUCCAUAUGAACUAUUUAUUGCCAUACUUGGACAUGUUUGGAUCGGACACGAACAAAUCGGCAAGAUGCAAGAUCGUGUUGGAAGCGUAUCGGACGCGAGGUGAGAAUGUCGCGUCCAGCGAUCCCGUGAUCAACGACUGCCUGAUGUACAUGUGCAAGAUCUUACAUGAUUCCGUCGACUCAUUGACCGUCGAAGAUGAAGUUCGUCAAAUUAGUCGCCUGAUAGCCUGUUUUAUAUUCCGUGUCGAUUACGGCAAUGAUUUAGAGAAAUAUUUAAAUUUUUAUAUGGAAGCCAGAGGAGCAUUUAUUAGAUUAGACUACGUGCAAUCCGCGCUCGUGCAGUGUGUCAACAAACUUAUGGUCCUGUCUGUAUCGGUUUCAAGGGCCCAAGUUAAGAACUCGUUUGCCCGCGCUUGCUCCGCUUACUGUUACAUUACCAUUCCGUCGAUCACUUCACCGCUCAUCAAACUUCAACUAUACAUUUUAACCGGACAGACUUCGCUGUUGAACGGAUGUCUCGGACAAGCGGACGCGUGUCUUAAGGCAGCGUCCACAGUGAUCAGCGAUUUCCCGGCGACGUUGGAAGUGGACGGGCUCGUCAUCAAUGCUGAACCCAUACUCGUGUCAUACACUAAGCAAAUGCUGUCGAUUUUGCUCGUUGUGCCGGACUGUCCUGAUCUCGAAGUAUUGCACCAGGUGAAGCUGCUGAUCAGAGCAAUUAGACAAUAUUCAUGGACCGACUCGAUGCAGCCACACAUGCUCUAUUUGUACGUGCUGGACAUACUAGCAACUGCAACUUUGGAUACAUAUCCUUACAGAAUACCCGAUGUGGACUCCAACGACGUGCUGUACGGCCGUGAACCACAGUUUGUGGCUGAUGUGGACUCGAUUUGUACCGUGGUGUUAGACAAUAUACUUGAACGGUUGUAUAGUCUCGUGGAUAAACCAAACAGCCAAGCGAAAUUGGCGUUUGAAUUACUCCUGCACGUUGUUGUCAGAGCAGACUUAAACGAAAUUCAAAUGGCCACGUUGGCAGUCAAUCUCUGGAAGUUGUCAAAAAAAAACAAAACGAUCAUGGACCCCAAAGACGAAGAAAAAAUGAUAACCUACAUUAGAGAGUUCUGCGAAAAUGAAGAAGAUGAAAUUUAUCAUAAAUUUAUAAACAAGAUCACAGGAAAGCCUAUUGGAUCUUCAAUUAAUAAACAAUAG